CAGAAUUCUUGGGGGAUGACAUGUACUGCUACUGAGGAUGAUGUUGAUGUUUUCAUGUCUGGAUAUGUAUUUCGUCUUAAAAUUUGGCACGAGAGGGGCCUGAGUUUGUUGAAAAGGGAAGAUAAGAACUCUUAAGUUUGACAUAUGGCUACAUAUAUAUGGGUCUGCUCUCAGACUUUUAUGAUGUUGACUUGAUUAAACCAAUUAAUGUACAAAUGGAAGUGACCAAUUUAAGUGGUCAGCUCUGUAGACAAAGAACUUUUUGUUCGCAGUCAGCAUUCUAGCAUGAUUAAUGGAUUACAGGGUCGUUAUCUGCUAUAUGGGCCAGUAGUUAGGAUUGCAAAACGAUGGGUUGCUUCGCAUCUAUUUUCAUCUUGCUUGGUAGAAGAGGCAGUCGAGCUAUUGGUCGCUCAUCUCUUUUUAAAACCUUUGCCAUUUAAUGCUCCUUGCUCUCAUAUCACUGGAUUUCUAAGGUUCCUCCGAUUACUAUCAGAGUAUGACUGGACCUUUUCUGCUUUGGUUGUUGACAUAAAUGAAGAUUUGAGCCCAAAAGACGAGAAAGAGAUAAGCAUAAGUUCUGUAUUGAGUGAAUUAUUAUUGAAUAUUAUACGAUAAUUUUGGUUCAUUAAUCAUGCUUACUUAAAUUUGUGAUCUUAUUUUUCACUAGAUGUUCAUUAU